AUUUAACCUUUUUUUUUAAUAAUUCAAUUCAAUUAUGUUUGAGUUAAUAGAUAGUUAAUGCUAUUUUGUUGUGGGACUGGCUCGGCAAGGUAAAGAAGGAAAUUUUCACGUUUAUUGCCAUCAGGAGAACAUAUGGAAACAAUUUGAUUAAUCGCUCUUUUCUUUUAGUAUUAUUAUGGUUAAGUAAUUAUAUUUUGUGCUUACUUCUCAUUUUUCAAUGAGAAAGCCGCUCACCCUCUCUCUUCCUCAGGGGAGUCCUUGCUUAGGGUUAUUUUCUAGUUGGUUAGUGCAAUUAUUUUUAAUGAUCAAGUUAUUGAGCAAAAAAAAUUAAUGAUAGUUGUGGAGGGAAAGAAAAGAGAAAAGAAGAAUGUGGAUGAUAACUUUUUUCUUUUGACCUCGUCUUGCGGUUGAGUAAGUGGCUGUUCCACGAAAUGGUUGAGAUGAUGAGAUGAUUAAACAAUAGAAAAUGCUACAACAGAAAUUUUCAAUUGCAUGGUGUAUUGUGUGGUAAUGGAAGUCUCAGCUCCAAAUUAAUAAGCUUGGAGGUUCAAGUUACAAAAGCAGCUCAUUUGUGUAAAUCUGCAGGACAAGGACUAUAGACCAUGUGGGAUUAACAAGGGAAAAUGUAAAUGUCAUUGAAGUUUACAUUAGGAGUAGUAGGAUUCCCAGUUACUGCUUUUUACUGUUUAUACACUGAGGUGCUCCCUACUGCCAAUGAAAUUUUAAAUUGGAUAUGGCUUAUGGCUAGUUACUAGUACAAUUAUAUACUAAGAUGCUUCCAAUUAGCAACUGGAUUUUAAACCGGUUAUGGCUUAUGCACUAGUUGGCAGCUGAGGUGAUUGAUGCAUUUCCAUUGCUAAUGCAAUUAGGGGUUGAUCCUAGCAGUUAUUUGAUUAUCAACACUGGAGGAAGAUUUUCUUGGUGUUUUUUUUUUUUAGAACUUUGGUAUAAUGGACAUUGUCCCAUUGCAAUAUGUCAAUCUGCUGUGACUCUUCAAAUACUUUGGAAGAUAUUGGUCUUCUUUCUGGGAAGGCCGGAAGAGGAAAUGCUACCUCUGAGGUAUCAGUUUUAAUGCCUGGAGUUGGAGGAUAGUGACCCUUGUCACAAGGUAGAGUGAACUGGUUGGUCUUCUCCCCUAGUGAGAUCGGUUAAACUUAACUCUGGUGGUGGUAAGCUAGAAUGUACUGGCAUUGGAAGGAGCAUUCAGGAAAGAUCUGCUGUAUAGACUACUGGUUUUAAUCUUGGUAUUUUUCUUUCUUGGUGGUGGAAUUGUGGGCACUGUGUAUGGGUCUUGAUUUGCUUGGAAACCAGGUCUGCCUCUAGUGACGGUGGAGGAGUUGGUGAACCAAUGUCUCAAUGACUUCCUAAUGCUCAUCCUUUUGGUCUACUGGUUGAAAUGCCAUAAUUUCUUCAAUCGUGAUUGGCCUGUUGAGAUUCCUCACACAUAUAGAAAAGAGAAAAAGGUGGCUGAGUUGCUUGCAAAUCAUGUGCUUGCUUUGGAUUUGGCUGUCAUGAGUUCUCUUCAUCUCCUUCUGGGGUCACUGCUUUGCUCUUCAGUACCUGUGCUCUGUGGUGUGUGUUUCCGCAGAACUGUGGCUGUUGCAUUCUGUGUCCCUGCGUGCAACUGCAAACUCCUCUUGAGAAAAGGGAGGAAAAAUCAAAACUAGCUUUGUCUGAUGCCUGACAUUGUUCAAUGAACCUUGUUAGGUAUUUGAGCUUUUUAUUCUAAGAGUGCUUAUAAGACAAAUCUUGCUAGUGUUGUCAAAAUUCUCAAGGCGGACAUGGAACUAUGAAGGUUGGAGAAUUUGCUAAUUGCCUGAUUGAAGCUAGAAAUGAAUUGCAGCACAAGUCUGAGGUCAUCAAACGUAAGUUCACGAUAACAAAGGCUCUUCUAUUCAAGGCAGACAGGUCUUCAAUGGAUCGCCUUAGUCAACAGAUCUACAAGCUGGAGCUUGAACAAAAGAGAUUAGAAGAGGAUGCAUUUGUUUAUAACUGGCUCCAACAACAACUUAAACUCUCACCAGCAUACAAAAAGAUGCUUGAAAUCAGUGCUUGCAUGGAGUUGAAGGCCAAGUCUGGUGAGCUGAUUGAGAACAAAGAUACUGAAGUCGCUGAUAUUUCCUUUGAAGAGCUAUUAGCACAAGAAAAGAAGGAUUCAUUUUGGCAGAAAAAUGGAAAAUCAAGGUUAUACUCGAGCCAAUGAUAAUGUCUGCAUGGUAAACAUCACUGAAGGAUGGAGCUUUUUUGUAGUAUGUAUAUGGAUACCCGACUGUCGCAGGGAAUUUUUUUUUUUUUUGACUGCCUGUGCUUCUUUGGUUGUCCUUGUUGAAGAGAAGAAAUUAUGGCCAUGAUGCAUUGAAUGUUCUCUUCCCCUAGGUUUUUCUCAUUGGAAGCUAGCUAGUCCUUAAUAUGAUGAUCUAGGUUAGUUUAGGCAUUUGAGCCUUUUGCUGAACUACUAACAUUGAUUCUCUAGUAGGACUCAAAUAGUUUGCUGUUAAAGAAUUUUGUUGGUUUGGAAGAAUGUUGCAAGUGUGAACUGGUUUUUGCUUGGA